AUGGAACACUCGUCCCCGUUGGCUGCAAUGCAGCCGCCGUCUGUGAUGUUCGGCCAUUGCUUUCGUCCCGAUGCCUCGACAGCCUAUGCGUCCUUCAGUCCCAUGGCUGGAUUGGCGCAUAACACCUUCAACUUUAAGGAACUGUCCAUGAAGAAGGCACAUGGGGACUACUUCAAUGUGAAACCUGUGCGGGGCUCAUCACCAACUGCGAGUCUUGCGGCCGACCUCUCUCAGAAUUUCCAUAUUGAUCAAAGUCCGCAAUUGGCGACGCCCCGGCGGUCUUUGUUCUCCUCGAGCCUGCUGGGAAAAGCCAAUCGGUGUGAGUCAAUGACCACACCACCGCUUCCCUCCUCGCCGGCUCCCAUGAUGGACGCUAUGGAAAUGUCUCCCUUGCCGCACAAGCCAGCAUUCGGGCUGGUCAACGAAGUCGAGCUGGAAUCGCCCUCUCUAGAUUCUUCAAUGGAUACACCUAUGAUCUCGGCCGCCCCGAGCCCAUUGGAAGAGUCACCGUUGGUGAACUCGAAAGACGGUCUACAAGAGAGAAAGCGUCCAACAUUUCUACGGCCGACUUUAGCACGGAGCAAAGCACAGAGCUUCCAACUAGGAAUGAACAAGCCGGCCCCAGAGAGUCAAGCCCCACCGUUCAAGUUUCAGAGCCGGGGAAACAGGACAUCGCUCAGCGCAUCUGCAUCGUUGGAGGAUAUGUUUUGCGAGUCACCCCAAAGAGAACGUCCGUCGUUGAAGAACCACUCGACCGGCAAUCUGUUGAGCAGCUCUCGUCUCAAACCACCAUUUGGCAGUAGCAACAGCCACGUGCGGGGAAAUGGAUCCCCGUCCGCGGCGUCGGUCCGCAAGAAUUCACACCCCACGAUGCGCCCACGCAAGCAGUGUAGACGUUCGUUGAGCAUGUUUGAGCAUCCCGAGGAUGUAGUCGUCGAAAAAGAGGCAACUUUAGUUACAAAUGCACCACUCCCGUCGAUCAUCGACAUUGAAGGAUCCCCCAGCCUGCAGCUUCCUCACGUCUUUUCGGAGGACCAGGCAGAUACAUUGCCUCGUAUCGACAAAAACAUCCUCGUGGAGCUCUUGGAUGGGAAAUACAACGAUCGGUUUGACAACGUGAUGAUUAUCGACUGCCGUUUUGAAUAUGAGUACGAGGGAGGCCAUAUCAAUGGGGCUGUCAACUACAACGACAAGGACCACCUGGCCGCCGAGCUCUUCACCUCACCCAAGCCGCGGACGGCCUUGAUCCUCCACUGCGAAUACUCGGCCCAUCGCGCCCCGAUUAUGGCCAAGUACAUUCGUCACCAGGAUCGCGCUUUCAACGCGGACAACUACCCGCAACUGACCUACCCCGACCUGUAUGUCCUAGACGGUGGUUACAGUUCCUUCUUCUCGAAGCACCGCUCGUUGUGCUACCCGCAGAACUAUGUCGAGAUGUCUGCCAAGGAGCACGAAUUCGCUUGCGAGCGAGGCCUCGGCAAGGUGAAGCAACGGUCCAAGUUGAAUCGGGCUCAGACUUUCGCGUUCGGGGAGAAUUCGCCUCAAAUGGAAGACAGCCCGACCGGGCGGUGUCGCAAUGGUCCUGGGGAGCGAAACCGAUUUUUGGGAUCCCCGUUUGCCGAAAGCCCCGCAUCGAGUCGACUCUCCGGCCGUCGGAUGCUCUCUUACUAA